AUGGAACGCUCGCAUGAUGACGCACAGAUCGACCGUGCUUUACAGAAUCAGAGUCUCUCGUUCGAAGACCUGAUUGAAGAGAAUUGGGCGGAACUACCUGGUUCGGGGGUCUGGCUUCCUGAGUAUCAGGUCUACUUUGUCGUCACUCGAGCCAUAUACUCAUCGGGAAGCUUGGCCGAGUCGCCGAUCAGCUUUCUGCGCGGCCGUAUCUUUGAUGCGUUGUGGAACCACCUAGACAACUAUACCCUGGACUGGGACGAAGACCCUAUUAUUUUCCCCCGCACGUUUGACAUUCCCCUUGUUCGGGAUGAAAAUGGCACUUUUGUCGGGCCUGAAGAUCCACGAGUCAUUCUCGAAGCUGACGUACCCGGCGCCGAACCAGUUAUCGUUUUCAACAUGCUAUCCGAAGAGGUGGAUGGGAAACGGGCAAUGUGGACGCACCGUCCAUUCACGAAUAUCACCAAGGCUUUGACAAUUCGCGGCGAAGUCGUGAAGCGAGAGGAGAGGAACUGGGCACCAUUCUUCCACUCCGAACCUUCAGUGCCCAGGCAGCCUAGUCACCACCUCAACUUCGUCUAUAGCAUGCAACCUCUUUGCAUUCUCCGCUGCCACCUACGCCAUGGCCGCUGCGACUGGACAUACAAGCAGGACCUAUCAGAAAAGCAAUCAGAAGUCCUCGUAAGGAUGCGCGGCAGCACCAACUUCAUCCAAGUACACGAGUCCGAUCCGGAUAUCUCUCUCUGGGUUGGAUUCCCACGUACCCAAAUAGAUGGAGGCUGCGGCUCCGGCAAUCCCAUCUACCGCCCAGAACUGGUCGUCCUCGCAAACAGCGGACGUGAAUUCCACAUGGUCUAUGCCAGCGAAGCAAUCGACUUUGGGACGGCGGUGCUCGACGAAGCCGCGCGCGAAGCGCCCUGUACCGAUGGGCGCCUUCUUAUGCCGAAUGGGAUUCUGCGCUGGGACCAAGACCGGCGCGAUCUGUUGCAGCUGGCGCUGAACGUGGGCGAUCGUUCGACGCGGGUCCUCCCCCUACGCGGCGUCUCGCAGCUUGUGCGUUCGUUGCCGUAUCUCAUGGAUUGGAGGCGGGAAGCCAGUCCGGACGGCCAACCGUGGGGGCAGCGCUGGUCAGCUGUUGGGGCGGACGUGGUUGGAUGUGCGAUCGGAAUUUGA